GCGAUGGAGCCACCCGGUUCAGGUUCAGGUUCAGGAGCAGCAGAACCGGUCGAGGAGGACCGCAUCGAAGAACCGGCCUCCAACGCCGCCGCCUCCUCCAAUGGGGAUGGGGCCCCGAGCUCUGCUGCGCCGCCGCCUCCCCGCGCGGCGCCCCUCCACCUCGAGCAGGCCGGAGGCGGCGCCGAUGGGUCGAGCCCCGCCACGGUGGUGGACCCCCGGAAGGGCAAGGGAAUCGCCGCCGUUCCGCCAUCUUUUUCCCCAAGCUCCGCGGGCAGCAUCCCCGACUCCGCCUCCGCCUUCGAAGCCGGGGGGUCAAGCUCCUCGGCGGGGAGGAGGAUGGUGGUGCCGAGGGACGCGACGCUGCAGUUCGACUACACGCGGGUGUUCCAGCAGGUGGUACGAGCGGGGCAGUCGGUUAUCAUCGAGGAGUGCGAGGAGGAGCAGGUGGAAUCGCCACACGCCAAGGACGCGCUCCCGGGAAAGGAGAAGGAGAAGAAACUACCUCAAGUUAAGGUGAGACCCAGGCCUGAAAAGGGGAAAUCGCUCUGGAGUCGGCUCAAGAACAAGGAGAAGAAACUACCUCAAGUUAAGGUGAGACCCAGGCCUGAAAAGGGGAAAUCGCUCUGGAGUUGGCUCAAAAACAAGAUUUUUCGUAGAGAAGGAAGGCAAAUAUGUUCAGAACAUGUGAAGCACCAGAUUUUUCGUAGAGAAGGAAAGCAAAUAGGUUCAGCACAUGUGGAGCACCAGACACGUCCCAUCAAUGAAGUAAGGAAUCGUUAUAUGGUUUCUUCUUACAAGGCGAACCAUCUUGAUGCCUAUUCGGAAAUUAGACUGGUGAUUGGAGAUGGGGAGUGUUUCUACAGGAGCUUCAUAUUUUCCUACCUAGAGCAAGUUAUUGAUAGGCAGGACACAGAUGAGGAGCAUCGUCUCCUUGAUGUUGUUGAAAGAAUGUCUGUGCAGCAUGCAAAUCUUGGAUGGAACUCUGAGUUUUCCAGGACCAGCAGAGCAUUUAAGGAGCUGAUUGAGAAAGUAAUGAGAUGGAAGGGCACGGAAUCAACUAGCAGUUGCCGUAAAGAGGAACUUCUCCAGUUCUUCAGCACGUAUGAUGAGACGCAAGACAUUUUUGCUUUCCUCAGAUUACUAGUAGCUAUCCACAUAUGCUCGCACAGUGAGGAUUAUGUACCGAAUAUACCAGAGGUCGACCAAGGAAAUUGCAGUCUGGAAGUUUGGUGCUUCGAGCAGGUCAUUCCAGCUCGUGUGGACGCGGACCAUGUUAUGUUGGUGGCUUUGGCCACAGCGCUUGAGGUCCCCCUCAGAGCGGAAUCAUUCCAACAAGGAUAUGCUCGAGAUAUCUACACUGGUCCUGGAUUUCCCCGUCCGAGUGUGACCCUGCUGUACACGGGAAAUCACUACAACAUCAUCUACCCACGUGCUCCUUCUGCUGAGAGUUCAAGUCAUCAGGCUUCCAAGAGAGAAGAUCCUGCUGAUCAGAGUUCAAGUCAUCAGGCUUCCCAGAGAGAAGAGCCUGCUGGUCAGAGUUGAAGUCAUCAGGCUUCCUAGGGAUAACAUGCUGCUGAUCAGAGUUCAAGUCAAGAGACUUCCUAGAAAGAACAUCCUGCUGAUCAGAGUUGAAGUCAACAGAUUUUGCCGGAUUAAAGUUGAGGUGGGCUGCUGCCGUUGAAUGAGAGUGUUGCUGAGUUUAGUUGUAUAGGGUUAGAGUAGAUGCACCGAUGAAGUUGGGGUAGGCAUAGGAUAUACUUACUUGUGCAUCCUUCUUCUGUUGGCUGGUAUAAGGUGAACAUCCUUCUGCUGCUGAUGAAUACAGUAAUGAAGCAGAUAGCCAUAUACUUGUGCAUUCUUUCUGGUGCCACUGGAUUGAUCAAUUGGCACAUAUACAAGGAUGAAUGCAAUCGCUUAAUUAGUUUCCGUGAUUGGUUUAUUUGUGA